AUGGUCAGAAGCGGCAGAGCCGGCCGUGGGGAAGGAUCCGGAGGCGGUGACCAAAGUAGAGUUACGGGCUACCUUCUUCACACAAAAGACCAACGGGAGGAGCCGCCUGAGGGAGCAGAGGUCAGCCGCCGGUUAUCUUCAACCUCCGCCAACAUGGGUAUCUCACGAGACUCGAUGCACAAGAGGCGCGCCACCGGAGGGAAGCAGAAGACAUGGAGGAAGAAGCGAAAGUACGAGCUUGGUCGUCAGCCUGCUAACACGAAGAUCUCAAGCAACAAGACUGUAAGGAGAGUUCGAGUGAGAGGUGGCAACGUGAAGUGGAGAGCUCUUAGACUCGACACUGGAAAUUACUCAUGGGGAAGCGAAGCAGUUACUCGCAAAACUCGUAUUCUCGAUGUGGUCUACAACGCAUCAAACAACGAGCUUGUGAGAACACAAACUCUCGUCAAAAGUGCCAUUGUUCAAGUUGAUGCAGCUCCAUUCAAGCAAUGGUACCUUCAACACUACGGAGUCGACAUUGGUAGGAAGAAGAAAACUGCUGCUACCACAAAGAAGGACACAGAGGAAGGAGAAGGGGCUACAGAGGAAGCAAAGAAGAGCAACCAUGUUCAGAGAAAGAUUGAGAAGCGUCAAGAAGAACGUAAGCUUGAUCCUCAUGUUGAAGAACAGUUUAGUUCUGGAAGGUUGUAUGCUUGCAUUUCUUCUCGACCAGGUCAAUGUGGUAGAGCCGAUGGAUACAUUUUGGAAGGAAAGGAGCUUGAGUUCUAUGUGAAGAAGCUUCAAAGAAAGAAGGGAAAAAGUGCUGGUGCUGCUUUUUAAGAGUCUUGAGUCCUUUUGGUAUGUUGGAAUCCUUUUGGUUGUUUCAUUUACUUAGUUAAAUGUUAAUCGUUUUAGUUGCAUGUUAUGUGUGAUGAUUUCAUAAAGUUUAUAAGAUUUUGAUUUGUGCACUUGUCUCGUUAUUGAUUGCUAGAUGGAUAUGUUUGUUGUUUUGCAAUGAUACUAAUCUUGUCAUCUUAAUUGGAUGUUUUUUGAUUUUAUUUUCAAGAAAAUUUUGUUUUUUGAAGUUUUUGAUGAUGUGAUGAUUUGGUAUAAAAAUAUCGAGUUGAUUUUUUUC